AUGACAGACUUAACUAUUCGUAACCUCACAAUCACUCCGUUAGAGCUUAAGCUCGUGGAGCGGUUUGAAGGACAACCCUCAUCCGGUCGUCAUACCCCCGUCGGUAACAUCACGAGCAAGAUUACUGGUAUUUUCAACUCUACAUCUAUUGCGUCUCAUGUCCGCAUCCAGGGCGAGGCUAAGGACCGCCGUGAUGUUUCUAUCCUUAUCGGACGCUUUGAGACCCGGAUUACGGAUGUUCGCGCGGCUGAUCCGGGCCGAGAAGUCAUUCGCUUGACUUUCGAGUCUGAAGGGCACCGAUAUCAAGUAGACGUGCCGAGUGCUUCACAGCGCAGCACGGUCAUGACGAGGCUAGAUGGUGCCCCCAACGAAUACACAAUUGUCUACGUACAGGCCGGUAGUUGUCUUGCCAUAUUCAGUUCUGCUAAUCUCUCGAGUUGGAUGCGAGAGCUGCGCGACGAAUACCCUUUAUCGGCUCUGUCUAUACCGGGUACACAUAACAGUCCGACUUGUCACGUCGCACUGCCUUCAGUUAGAUGCCAAGCGGUCAACGUGCGUGAACAGCUGGAGAACGGUGUGCGGUUCUUCGAUAUCCGCGUAAACGUCAGCACAGGUUCUUCGGAACUGACACUUGUGCAUAGCGCGUUCCCUAUCUCACUAACGGGAAACAAAUACUUCAAGGAUAUGCUGGAUGUUAUUUACUCCUUCUUAGACGCUAAUCCGUCUGAGGCCCUUAUUAUGAGUGUGAAACGUGAAGGUACUGGUAAAGGCACCGACCAGCAGCUGUCCAAGAUCCUCAAGGAGCGCUUCUAUGAGGAUGGAAAACGAUGGUACACGGAACCACGUAUUCCAAAGAUUAGCGAAGUACGAGGUAAAAUUGUGCUACUUAGGCGGCACCAUAACGACCCAAGCCUGAAUGGCGAAUGGGGAGGUCGAGGAUGGGCACUCGAUGGUAGUGUCUGGCCGGACAACUGUGAAAAUGGACUGCUCGGAAGUGGCAUUGCUCGUAUACAAGAUUUCUACGAGAUUGACCAGAAUAAAAACAUUCAAACGAAAAUUGAGUUUGCGCGAGAGCAUCUCGAACGCGCAGCUGAACCAGUAUACCCCCUCCCAGGACGGGAAGGCUAUGAGGAGAACGCACCGGCUCAGCCCUUCUAUGUGAAUUUCUUAAGUGCCAGCAAUUUCUUCAAUACUAACUGUUGGCCCGAGAAGAUUGCGGCCAAGGCAAACCCAGCCAUCAUCGAGUAUCUAUGUUUACGACACGGGGCUGAUGGCAAGGGGCCGAAAGGCCUGAAGGUGGGUGACGGGAGCACUGGUGUGGUCGUUACGGAUUGGGUUGGCCAAGAUGGCGACUGGGAUCUUAUAAGAUGUAUUGUCGGUUGGAAUGCAAGAUUGCAGUUAAAGCAAUAG